AGCCGAGGAGGGAGAGGAGGGACUCCGCGUUGCACGCUGCUGGUGCGGCAUGGCUUCGGGUUCCUCAGGCCUUGGGGCCCGACCGCUGCUGCAGUUUCUGCGGCUGGUAGGGCAGCUCAAGAGAGUCCCACGGACCGGCUGGGUAUACAGAAAUGUGGAAAAGCCAGAGAGUGUAUCAGAUCACAUGUACCGGAUGGCAAUUAUGGCUAUGGUCACCAAAGAUGACCAUCUUAACAAAGAUAGAUGUAUCCGCCUGGCCCUGGUUCACGAUAUGGCAGAAUGCAUCGUUGGGGACAUAGCACCAGCAGAUAACAUCCCCAAAGAAGAAAAACACAAGCAAGAGGAGGAGGCUAUGAGACAAAUAACCCAGCUCUUGCCAGAGGACCUCAGGAAGGAACUCUAUGAACUUUGGGAAGAGUACGAGACCCAAUCUAGUCCGGAAGCCAGAUUUGUGAAACAGCUGGACCAGUGUGAAAUGAUCCUUCAGGCAUCAGAGUAUGAAGACUUGGAGAGUAAGCCAGGGAGGCUGCAAGACUUCUACGAUUCCACAGCAGGAAAAUUCAGUCACCCUGAGAUAGUCCAGCUUGUUUCUGAACUUGAGGCCGAGAGAAAUGCAAGCAUAGCCUCAGCCUUCAGCAAGCCGGGCUCCUGAGCACUGCGCUGCUGCUCUCCUAUAGUUUUGUUUUACUUCUCUGUUUCAUGCCAUUGUUCUGGUGAUUUCCCCAGAUAUAUGUCUAUUUUCUAUUGUCUAGACUUGAGCAAGAAAUGUGAUGUGAUUCAAGCACCAAAAUAAGCCACAGAACAGGAAAUGCUUGUGAACACUCUACAGAUGAAGACUUAAUGGAUGCAUAAAGACUGGAGAGGGGAAUGUCUUUUUUUAUGAACUAACAAAUAUUAAACACCUUAAACUUUGAUUUUUAUA